AUGUGUCCACCGAAGUAUUCUAUAUCCACUUACGUAUUCCCACCUCGCAGGACACGUACGGUGCGCCACAGUCGCGACCCUGCCUUCAGGGCCACCUUCAGCGCAGAGUUGGGCCGUGCAGACGUCAGGGAGGUGGUAGUGAGGGUGGUGGUGGAGGCGGUGGAGCGGGUGGCGUUAUCACCCACAGUGAUGGGGGAGCUAACGCUCGCCUUGCGCCACAUCCCCGCCACCGCGUUAGCCCCCCGACAACCUCCCUCAACCACCGCCACAACCGCCACAAACGCCACCACCAACGCCGAUGAUGCCACCGAUGAGUCACCGCCUGCCGACGCCUCGUGCCUCACCUACUGCCUCUCCCCGGCCUCGCAGGUGCACGGUCACGUGCUGGUAUCCGCAAGUUACCUGCCGACGGCGCAGCGUCUGAGCGUCUGCGUCAUCAAAGCCACGGACCUGCGCCACACCCUCGCUGCCGACGCCAUUACCCUCUUUUACCCGUUCGUGCGAGUGCUGCUGCUGAACAAGGGGCGCCUUCUGAAGAAGAAAAAGACGGGCUACUGCAGCCACACCCCCAACCCUCAGUGGAACCAGACCCUGAUCUUCCCUCUACAGCCUCAGCAGGUUGAGACCGUGUCUGUCGUGGUGUGUGUCUGUAGCAGACAGCCCGUCACGGGGUCUGCAGACCUCCACGGUGUAAAGACAACACAGAGGACAGACCAAGACAACAAAAAGGCAGCAGACCAGAAGAAGGCUACAGACCACAGUUCCAACAAAUCAAUAGACCACAAGAAUCAGGAAGACCACAAUUAUAAAAAUUCUACAGACGAAAAAAUUCUAGCAGAAAACGGAAGUCUUCACACAAGUCUGCAUGAAGUCCCCAAGGUAGGAGAAAAGAAGACUAAAGACAGCGGGGGAGCUGCUGAUGACAACGAGGACUGUAAUGGACGGGCUGGGGACGGCCUGGACUGCGCUGGGGACGGCCGGGGACAGGUUGGGGAGCGGUACGUUGGUAAGGUCGUGCUGGGGACGCACGUCCAGCCCGCCCAAGCGAGGGACUUUUUCACGGCCAUCAUAAAGUCCCCGCGCACCCAACACACCCAAUGGCUCCCUUUGAAGUAGGCGGCCAUCAAGCACUCUCCUUCAAGUCACCACUCCCUAUUGACUCACCCUUAUUCCCACACUCCCCUCACGGGCUCCUACCUCUAGUCCCCAUGCCCCCUCAUACUCCCCCUUAUGCCCCUCACUCCUUCGUAUCCUCAAACUCCCCUUAUGCCCCUCACUCCUUCGUAUCCUCAAACUCCCCGUAUGCUCCCUCAAACUCCCCCUUAUUUCCCCUCACUCCUUCGUAUCCUCAAACUCCCCGUAUGCUCCCUCAAACUCCCCCUUAUUUCCCCUCACUCCUUCGUAUCCUCAAAAGCCCUCAACGUAUCAGCCAAUCAGCGUCCAGGCCGCCCCCCUCAGCCAGCCAAUGGGAGACACGCAUCCCAGGGAGCCGGCAACCGCCUAUUAUGCGGCACUGUUCCCCUAUAAGAAAUUUCGUCGUUAAUUAAUUACGAUUUAAUUACAUUUAAAUACAGGUAAUUGGUAACUGAAUGACAGCUAUUAACUAUUAUAUAUAAUUUUAUUAUGUAUGUAAAGUCGAGAUUAUUUUUAUAAGAAUAAAAAUGAUUAUUGAUCAUUGUUCUAGGUAAUGAUUUUCAAGCAGAUUAUUUUUCAUUAAAGAAGAUAUGUAAUAUAAUGAUGUUUGUGUCGUGCCGAAAUCGCGGAAUUGCUGAUUCUAUGGAAUCGGCAAUGCUUCAUGAAAUCGGACGUUAAGAGUUAGAACAUAAAUACACAGUUAGAGUUAGUAAAUGUUAGGUCAAGAUCGGUCAAGUUCCUUUAUAUUCAAAUUAUUAAAAAAAAUAA